AUGUACUCCGGACACAGCACCUCCGCCACUCCAUUUUCUCUUCGUGCUCCGGGGAGUGCUUUAGUGUAUACACGGAGUGACACGCCAUCGUCGUUUCGAGUUCUUCCGCAGGGAUCAUCUCUCUUCGGCAGUGAACUUGGUGUUAGCAGCGAGCGUAUAGCGCGUCGUAUUGAGGAAACACGCCAAUGGCUACAAGAUAUGAAUAAAGAGGUUCGAAUGGCACGAAAAAAGUACUUGAAUCAGCAGAAAAGUGCUUCAAUAGUGUGUUCUACUCUGCGUGCAAGCAGUGCACUUUUAACGGAAAAAUAUGGGCAUCAACAUACAUCAAAUGGGGUACAACCUCCUCGGUUUCGAUACUCCCUUAAUUCAUUUUUAGAUGGAACACCUUUCUUAACACCACGGGCAUUGUGUCGCUACAAUACAGCUGUUGCGGAGCUUCUCACCGAUGAUCAAUUGGAGUUAAUGCGACGCUACGUCUUUGACUAUGACGAGGCGAGUUUUGCAGAUCUUCUGUAUGCUGACGAAAUAGUGCCUUACACAGAACAACAUACACCGUAUGGUGAAGAAGAAGUACCUGCGGCGGUACGCCGUUUUAAUGAGCGUUCACGGCGUGCAUUGGAGCGUCUCUUCGCAGCACCUGGUGGUCUCGCUGAUGCAACGGUCCGCGCAGCACUUCUUGUGCCUAGAGUGGCCCCGGAGGAUGAGGGUGACGGCGAUGACGCUGCUGGUGAAAAUGGGGGUUAUUGA